GUGGGACGAUGGGCUGGUCCUUCCCAGAGUAGGCGUGUCCCGGCUGCCUGACAGUCCUGCUCUGCCGGCCAGCCCAUGUUGCUAUUAGAGGGAAAUGCAGGAGUUAGCCUGUCUGCUGCAGCAGGAAAGGAAGGCACCGACUCACCUUCAGCCUUGGCUCCCUGCUCCCUCGCUGCGCUGACUGCAGCAACAUUAUUUGCCUAGUUCUGCAGCUGGAUUCCCUGGACCCAAGCUGAGCAAUGGAGCCGGCCUUCGGAGAGGUCAACCAGCUGGGCGGUGUGUUUGUAAAUGGCAGGCCCCUGCCCAAUGCCAUCCGGCUGCGGAUCGUGGAGCUGGCCCAGCUGGGCAUUCGGCCGUGCGAUAUCAGUCGGCAGCUGCGAGUGUCGCACGGAUGUGUCAGCAAGAUCCUAGCGCGAUACAACGAGACGGGCUCUAUCCUGCCAGGGGCCAUCGGCGGCAGCAAACCCAGGGUCACCACCCCCACUGUGGUCAAACACAUACGGACUUACAAGCAGAGGGACCCGGGCAUAUUCGCGUGGGAGAUCAGGGACAGGCUGCUCGCAGACGGCGUGUGCGACAAAUACAACGUGCCCUCGGUCAGCUCCAUCAGCCGGAUCCUACGGAAUAAGAUUGGGAACCUGGCCCAGCAGAACCACUAUGAGAGCCACAAACAGCACCCGGCGGCCCCCUCCGCUCUCCCUUACAACCACCUGUACUCUUACCCCAGUCCCAUUGCUGCAGGGGCCAAGGUGCCGACCCCUCCUGGAAUGCACUCCAUCCCUUGCACCAUGGCCAUGCCCAGGACCUGGCCCUCGUCCCACUCAGUUACAGACAUCCUUGGCAUUCGCUCCAUCACUGACCAAGUGACUGACACUUCGCCCUACCACAGUCCCAAAGUGGAGGAGUGGAACAGCCUGAGUAGGAACACGUUUCAGUCGGCCCAGCAUGUCCUCAACGGUUUAGAGAAGAACUCACUGGAUCAGGAGGUGAAGUACAGCCAGUCAGCCAGUGGUUUACCAGCAGUUAGCGGCUUUGUGGCAGCUUCAGGCAUGACUCCAUACCCAACAGCCGCGCCAGUUUCCCCCUACAUGGCAUACAGCACAGCAGCUCCCACAGGUUACGUGACAGGGCACGGAUGGCAGCACACUGGUGGUAGCCCACUAUCCCCUCACAACUGUGACAUCACAGCAUCAUUAGCAUUCAAAGGCAUGCACACAGCACGGGAAGAAGAAUCCAAGCUGAGUAUCCAAACACGCAAGUCCCCACAGCCCUACCACAUACAACGCCAUGGGACUAUUGCUCAUAUGCCAAGUGCAUAGACCAUAGACUGUUCAGACUCACACCAAUAUUCCUCAUGUAAACUUUGUAAAAGUUCAGUUGCCAUCAAAACCCUUGAUUCUGAAUCAGUUGGAGCUGUGCCAGAGAUAUGGAAUCUCACACCUGGAAUAUGCCAGUUAAAUAAACACCUGAAAGCUACACCAAGCUGUCAUCUCUAGGAUCCAAAGUCAGUGUCAACGAUACACCUGGUGGGCAUUGUGUGAAACUACCUUCAUCAGAUUCAUUGAACCACAACUCCAUCAUUUACCAAUGGAAUUUGAAAGACGUGCCAUUAUUUCAGUUGGUCUUAAAGCCUUCCAGGCAUUUAUUUUUUUUUUUUUUUUUUUUGUUUUUAUAAAAUAUUUUUUGAUAUAAACCCUUUUAACCAUAUAAAGCUCUAACCCAAGGACAUGUUCCAGUUGUGAACCUGAACAUAAUGUGAAGAGGAAAUGAAGGGAUGUUGGACUCUUACCUCAUGCUGUUCUUCAGCAACCACAAAUGGGGUCAAUGGGGUUUAAAACCCAAAGCUACGCAAGGACAAGAGAGUCACUCAGAGUGGCCAAACCAGAUAAGAUCUGGAGGACACACAAAGUAACCAAUCCUCCUCCCCUCUUUACUGUUCUAAUUGCAGUCUGUCAGGGACAGUAUGAUCAAUGAUACACCCCUACCUAGCAAAACAGGAAGAGUCAAGAAACACUUAUUUGUGAUGUCCUUUAUAAUAUUUUUUAAUUAUUAUGGUCCAAAUUUAGUAUAAUUAUAAGGGUGGGAAGGGUGGUUUAAUGGGGUUUGGCUUAACAGCUAAUAGGAUUUGGCAUAACAGUCAAAGGUCCAAAUUUUUUUGUAGAUUUUUCCAUUUUCUGGAAGCAGAACAUUGCCAAGUGAAAUUUUAUAUAAAAUGUAUUGAACUAUUCGGAUAACCAUAUUUUUUCCAGCAAAGGGUGAUUGUGCGCAGUGUUUUUGUUACAGGCUUGUGUGAUGACGAACGGCUUGGAAAUUCACACAACAGAUAACGGAUUUAUCAGCUGUUUUAACAAGAGGGUUAAUAUGAAGCACUUAAAAAACGUGAGCUGUAAUCAGAGCACAAAUCGAGUUGUAAUGGGGGGCUAUUAGAAGUUCUCUCUUGCAGGUUAUCUCACCCAGUCCAACACUAAGUGCCUCAAGGCAUGGGCAGUUAAAACUAGAUUGCAUCUUUUAAGAAGUAGAAAGCUUGUGGCUUAGACCGUGUAAUUGCAUGGAUUCUUUUUUAAAGGACUUUCAAAUGCAAUGGAACAACUAUCUAUUUUUUAAGCUUUAUUCUGCACCACUUUUCUAAAACUGUAUGUGCAUUUUACUACCAUUGCAAUAAAGUGGAAGCACUCACCCAUGGAAAAAA